AUGGCCAGCAACCUCACCAUAAUGGCUGCUGUCAAGGCAAAAGACACUGCAGAAGAAUUUUUGAAGCUUCAAAACUACGAGUUGGCGAUCAAGCAGGCCAUGGUAGCCAAACAAUUCGACCCUAAUUUGCAAGGUAUCGAUCAUUUCAUCCUUGCCUACCAGAUUCAUAAAGCCGUGUCGGAAAAGAAAGAUUGGUAUCAUGUUCUUGGCUUCCAAGAGGUUACUGAGUAUGCGACCAUCAAGAAACAAUACAAAGAGUUGGCACGCUUUGUACACCCUGACAAGAAUAGCUCUAUUGCUGUCGAAGGCGCUUUUAACCACGUCAAAAUGGCAUGUGAUUUUCUUUCUGACCCUGCCAAAAACAAGGCCUACGACAAGUCGUUAAGUACAUCGCGAUUUCAAAGGGCGUCCUAUGUCAAGAACACUAGCAAAAGGGCUUACCCUCAGGCUAAGACCAGUACUAAAGAUGAUCGUGGUUUCUGUAAGAGAACAGUAAACAUAAUAAGGAAAACGAAUACUGACCAAAACACGAGUACUACUCUGAGGUUGUCAGUACGUCGUGUUGCUUAG